ACAAUUUCUCAAGAAUGCCUUGAGGGAAAUGUAGCACAAAUGUUCACUGAUUAGAAUGCGGUGGUGAAAGGUCACUGUGCCCUACCGAAGCAUGUUUUGGCAAUACUGUAAGAAUUCACACUCUAAUUAUGACAAGGUCAACUUCACUGUGACAUAGUAAUAUUCUGCAUUUAUAAAACACAUUACUCAACAUCAUAUUUCAGGAACAGAAGGGGAGACAUUUGGUCAGAUGCUGAAUUGGUGACACUAAUCUUGGGUAUCCAAAAAACUAACAAACUUUGUAAAUAAAGCUGUCAGAUAAAUGCACUGAAUUAAACAGAACAAUAUUUCCCUCUAUUAUUGGAUGGAAGACGAGUUUAAAAUAGCACAAAAUGGAAAUACUCACACAUAAUGUACAAGUACCUUAAAACUGUGCUAAAAUACAGUGCUAGAAGAACAUACACAGAAGGGUUUAAUUUAUUUCUUAGGUGAUAUUCAGUCAGCUACACCUUCAGUGAAUCUCUCAUCACCAUGUUCUGUGAUACCAUCUCCUCUAGCUUUGCUAAAAUAUACUUUGAUGAAUUUGAUCAGCCUCCUUGUUUGUGAUUUUAUUUAUUCACUGUUACUUUAGGCGUCCCAGUGCUGCCUAAUUGUUUUAAAACACUUAAGUACCAUCAAUUUAAUUUAAAUCACUGCCUCCUCCUCAGUGUCGUGCAUUAAUUUGGCUUAAAAGGAUUAGCGUGGCAUCCAUCUUCUAAUUACACAGUUUUCAGCCUUCAACUUGAAGAUUAAAUUAGGACACAGCGGUCUCAGUGACACGAAGAAUACAUCACAGCGCUGGAGGAUAUUGAACAAAUUGACGGCUAAAUGAUGUUUGACAUAGAUGCAAAUAAAUGUGUUAAAUCAGAGAAGUAAGUGGGUAUUAUGUUUGGUGCGUUCACUCUGUCUUCUGCUUUAAAUGUGCAGGAGUUUUUUUUUUUCUUUUCUGCAUGAAUUUAGAUAAAGACAAGCCAGCCGCAAAAAGAAAUCUUGUAAAGACUUAAGAUAAGUGUAUUGCUUGUGGGCAAUAAAGUGGUGCUUUUAUAUUGGCUUUUGAUGAAUGAAAUGAUUGUGUUUACACUGAUAACACACUAUGGUAAUUGGAUAAUCACAGUAGGAGAGCUCGGCAAAAGUCUGCACGAACUUGCGUGCUGAUAAGUUUUAGUUUAGUUAAGAAAACCGUGCCAUGAACAGCAAUACACCGGCUGCAGGACGGUAAAUAAAUAAAUGAGCACCUAAUGGCUGAUGAUCCUCAGAGAGCGGCAGGAUCCCAGGAUACAAAAGGAGUGAAAAGGCCUAAGAAAGGGAGAAGGUGUUGGGGCGUGAUUUCACAGGCCUUUGCCAAUUGUCCACUCAGGGUGUCCGCAGCUCUAACUGCCAUUGCCUUUUGGGUAAUUGCCAUAGUUAGAAUGUAUCUGAUUUGAAGGCAGCGCCAGCAGCAGUUUGCCGUUAGCUGAGAUUUAUUGGUGAGAGGUCAAGAGCAACACCUGGUGCAGAAAGUUCACAGUCCUUGUCGAAGCAACAGAUGGAGCAAAGGAUGCAGGAAAGGAAGGAGGGACGGACGAAUGUGGCUGCAAAACCACACGGAGGUGACGAGCUGCUGAAGACCAGUGUGGUAGACGUAAAAGGCGUAUAACCACUUGGUUUUACUGGCAGUUUCCCAUGUUUAGUCGGCAUAUGGCUUCUCUGUGGUUUCCCGACAAGGCUGACCUCUUUGAGGCCUGUAGUUUGCUUGAGGUGAAACAAAACUUGUAAUUGCAGAGAGGGCGGAGAACGACCCUAUUAUCUUUUUUGAAAUGACAGCUAAUGAUGUGGUAAAUACACACAGAAUAAGAGUUAUUGGGUCAGUGUGUAGGAUUUAGUAGCAAUGAGGAUUGCAUAUGGCAAGCUGAAAAUUCUCCAGUGUGCCAAGUGUGAACUCCUGGUUAGGAUUGCAUCAGUGUUCAUUGCUCAGAAGGUUUUAACUGGGAGCCACAUUUUCCACAAAGGUUUCUUUCUCUCCAAAACAAAUGGGACAGGGGUCUCAAACAUUGCGUAUGCACAAAACGAGGCCUGAGAGAGGAAUUUUGGAGAUGGGAAAUAGGUGAUGCAGAUGGUGAGGUGGAAGCCUGAUUGUAGAAAUGGUUGAAUAUUUUUCAGUGCGUGCCACUUUUGGCUUUUGUCCCCAUGUAUAUUUUUAGUACGGAUCCUAAGCGUUAUUUUAUAAAUGAGACCCCAGGUAAUUAAAUCCGGUAAAAACACUGAAGUGCUUGGUUUGUCCGUUCUGGGAAAACAUAGUUGUCUCCAUAAAUAAGGACCCGCUUCCUAUAUACAUAUAAAUGGCUCAUUCUAAGGUACCAAAAACAUGCCGAUUCCUUUUUUCAGGUGACUGUACACUAAAGAAAACACACUUAUUACAUUACAUUUAUGCAAAUAUAUCCCCCUAGAGCCCACACACUGGACCUUUAAGCAGUUGCUUUAGAAACUGCAAGUGCAAAGUUAAUUUGCAGAACACUAUGCAUGACACACCGUGCCACGAUAUCUUUAAAAUACAGAGCAUUCAUUCAUCAGGUUUCCCCCGCUGUGUUCUUUACGGGUGGUUCAUUCCGUGGGUGGACUAUUUAGCUUCGGAAGAGCUCAACCAGAAAAAAUCUUGUUAAAUUUUGUUCAGCGAGUGAAAGAUUUGUGUACUCAGCUCAAUUUGACAGUCAUAAACCUCGCCCGUUCCUGUUAGGUCAAAACCCACAGCUGGAGGGACUCAGGCCUUCGCUGAGAACACACACACCUACACACAACCAUGAAAACAUCAGACACUAACUUGUCAUGUAACAUAACAGGGUGAACAAAGUUUAUUAAAACUUUUAUGUUAGUAAUAUUACAUGUACACCCUUUAUGUAGGUAGAAGAAAAUUCUAGUAAUACAUUUUAAAAUAUAAAAAACACCAUUCAGUUGAUUUCUUUAUAAACUUGUUCACUAUCAGCAGCAUUACAAGCAGCCAGUAAUAGUCAGGGACUUCAGGGGUUAAAUCUAAAGAAACGCGGCACAGAGGUGAUCAGCUCUGUCUGAGUAGACUUUGAGCCACGCUAAUCAGCCUGCAUAUGUAGACCAAAUACUAUGCAGCUCUGUAACCUCAUCCUCUUACAUAAGCCAAGAUGAAUAACUGUAACCCCUGAGAGAUAUGCCUGAUAACAGCGAGUCCCUGAGUACAUUCUCACUGCAUACCCCAAAAAGAGUCAGAAUUUAAAACAAAUGUCAGGUCGAGGAUCAGAGAGAAUUAAUAUUUUACUUUUUCUUGCAAGAACACACCAACUUGCAUUUCUUCGAGAAGCUAGAUUCCCCAUAAAAAAUGCUUUUGAACUUGUAAAUUCUAAAUUUUGAGCAGUUUAGGUGAAUGAUCAACAAAAGUGAUGACAGUAGUGUCCUGUUUAUUGUCAUUCAGGAACAAACUGUUAACAUCUGAGGUGGAUCUUUAACACAUGCUCUGCUGUGUCAUGCCUGGGGUGACCUGACCAUGACUGUUCUUUUCUACCUGUUACACAACUCUUAACCUCUGUCCAAUUUUCAUACUCAUUUAAGUGCUUGUGUGUGUGUGUGUGUGUGUGUCUGUGUGUGUGCGUGUGUGCGUGCGCGUGUGUACACAUUGCAUAAGUUAAACUGGGUAAGCACCAUUCUGCUCUUAUUUACACAUAGAGGAACAACAGCAACAACUACGGCAAAGAGCAAAAUGGCACUCCUUCUGUGGAUCGGCCUGUCGCUGCUGGCCUCCGCCCAGUCCAGCGCGGUCAAGAACUGCCACCCUGGCUGCCGCUGUGAGGUGGAAAGCUUUGGCCUGUUCGACAGCUUCAGUCUGACAAGGGUGGACUGCCGAGGGUUGGGACCCGGCACCACCAUGCCCAUCCCCAUCCCACUGGACACUGCCCACCUAGACCUGUCCUCCAACGCCAUGGGCCCACUCAGUGACACCAUGUUAGCCGGUCCAGGCUACACCACCCUCAUUAGCUUGGACCUAAGCAGCAACCUUAUAACAAAGGUAACACCCAGUGCUUUGUCCAAGCUGCGCUACCUGGAGACUUUGGAUCUGAGCCAUAACAACCUGGAGAGCCUCUUCCCAACCUGCUUCUCCGGCCUCCCACUGGCUGAAGUUGACCUCAGCCACAACAGCUUCAGAGAGUUCGACUUGGACGUGUUCACUACUAAAGUCAAUGGUGAACCUGUCAGCGUUGAUCUAUCUCAUAACAAGCUCGUGUCAGUCUCCACGACUUUGCGUGGAAGAGUGUUACACAUUCAAAGCUUAAAUCUGUCAGCGAACUGGCUGUCGAGCGUACCGAGGCUUGCGGGACUUCCGCUGAGGUAUCUCAAUUUGGAUGGUAACCCCAUCGCACAGAUCAAGGAGGGAGCUUUUGCUCAGCUGAAAGAUCUGGUUUAUUUAUCAAUCAGUGGGCUCCCUGAGCUUCAGGAGAUCGAACCAAACAGCUUCAAGGGCCUCCAGAGCCUGCAGGUUCUGGAUCUCUCAAACAACCCCAAGCUCAAGACCUUAAGCCCUGUGGUUUUCAGUGGACUAGACUCCCUGCAAGAGCUGAAUUUGUCCGGCUCUGGUGUGGCGUCUUUGCCAAAUAACAUACUGACCCACCUGCCCAGUAUUAAGAGUAUUACACUGGGACGAAGCAUCCACUGCUGGAGGACCCAGAAACAGGGGCAGUUUCACCGGCAGCUGGGGCAGGUCCAACACAAUGAGGUGCUGAACUGUAAUGUGGAGGGCAUUGUGUUGUGAAACAGUGCCUGUGGAAAUGGACCACUCCUAAAGGGGCCAGUAUCCUCCAUCAUAAGUGCUUGCUGGAUGUGCCAAUAGCUUCGGAAACCCCUUCCUACCCACACCUUUCAAAUGUCGGAUAUAACCAUAAACACUUGAUUCCCACCAUGGUAAGAGAACACAUCAUACAACCGAGUUCUGACAGGGAAUACCCUGGCCCUUACAAUCCAGAUGCCAGAGCUGUGCCUUAUCUGCUUUCAUAUGCAAAACACUUUUUUAUGUAACUUUCAUUCAGUUACCUGCAUUCCAAGGUGAACCUUUGGAAUACGUCUUAAAGGUUUAAAGUAACCCUCAUGGACUCUUGACUGAAGUAUCAUAAAUGCAGUACCUAAAAACAAAAUAUACAAAAAAAGACAAAAUGUACAGCAGUCUUCAUAGCACAGAUCCGUUUGUUUCACAUCUUAACAUGUAGCCUAAACUGGUAGAGAACCUUUCAUGAAUCCAAAAAUUUCAGUAAUGUUUGUACGUUAUGUACUUCAUUUCAAGUGGGACCAUUUUAAGAGUUAUUUGCACUUAUUCCAGUCGUGGUAUUUUUUAGAUAAUGCACUCACACAUGGCCUAAAUGUCAUCCAGUGGAAUACAAAACCUUCUAUGCAUUGCUCAUAAAACCCACACUGAAGAAUAUUUUACUGUUGACCACUAAGAAUUUUAUUUGACUUUGAAUGUGAUGCUUUGUUGGAAUGAUUAAAGGGACGAUUUAGCUUUCUAGCCCAGAGUUAGAUGAGGAGAUUGAAACCACUCAUGUCUGUUUGUUCAAUAUGAAGCUACAGCUGGCAGAUGGUUAGCUUCGCUUAGCACAGACUGGAAACGGGGAAACAGCUGGCCUGGCUCUGUCAGAAAGUUCUCAGAAGCUCACUAAUCAGCACAUUGUGUUUUCUACAGAUAAAAGAAAUGAGAUUUGACAUGUCAGAUAGGUAGAUUUUACCUUCAGACAGAGCAUUGCUGGCUGUUUCUUGUCUUAAUGCUAAGCUAAGCUAACCAGCUGCUGGCUGUAGCUGUAUAUUUACCCAUACAGACAUGACAGUGGAAUCAAUCUUCUUUUCUAACUCCUGACAAGAAAGUGAAUGUGCGUAUUUCCCAAAAAUAUUGAACUGUACAUCCAAGAACCAGAAUUCUUUUAUUAAGCGUGGUUUUGGGAAGCUUACAGUUAUGUUUGUAACUGUCGAGGGUUGAAGAUCUUUUCUUGUUACACCCACAAAUGACCAUUUGAUUACUUGAAUUUUUUUCUAUGUCCACCAGCCCAAAUCUGACAUUUUGUCCAUUAUGUUUGGAUGAUUUACCGUCAUAAUGACAGUAAGUUUGGUGCACAGCCUUUGCAAAGUAGGUCAGCAGCCUUUGACAUUGUUUUGUCUGUUUGACAUUACACAACAGGACUAAACAAGCUGUGACUGCGGUCAAAUCAGUCUCCAGCCAACCAAAAUGCUUGUUUGAAGCAGAAUUGACCAGUGAAGUAUGACAAUUCGCACAUAAUUGGUAAUGAAGUAAUGUCGCUUUCUGUUGAUGUUUAAAUGCGAGCUGCACUGUGCUGUAAUCUUUAAUGUCACCUUCCCAUCUCUGUGGUAUUUCUGUGGACCUAAGAGGAUGAUAAGCCUCAAGACUGCAUACUAGAGUUUAUGAAUGUCAGCGAUCUGUGAAGGUUCGGGGCCUUUAUUGUUAAGAUUUUGAGAUUUUAAAGGAAAUCCACCUUUUCAGUUGGUUAAUUGAAAGUCAGAUGUCUUGGUGUAGAGGUUUAUAUUUGUAUGUAUGUAACUAUAUUGUAUAUAACUUUAUAUAUAUGAAUCAUAUGUGUAAUAAAUUGACUCUUCUAACUCUUUGAA